CUAUUUGAGUUGCGAUACAAAUCAUCAGAAAGGUAUUUUUGUAUUCGUGAGAGCCAUGGCCAAAGAGACAAAGGCUCAAAGAACAGUUGGUGUUGGAGUUGAAGCCCUGUGGAGAGUUAUGACCAAGGAUUUAGCUUCUAUUAUGCCAAAAAUAAUGCCUGAUAUAGUGCAAAGUGCCGACGUGAUUGAAGGAGAUGGUGGCCUCGGUUCUGUUCUGCUCUUCAAACUCGGCCGUGAUCCACUAUCCAAAAGACAACAGACGGAGAAGAUUGUGGAACUAGAUGAGUCUCAGUAUCGAUUUGCACUGCAGGUGUUAGAAGGUCCAGCACUAACACUGCGUGAGUUUUCUUCAUUGACAACAACUUUUCAGCUCAGUGCAAUCAGUGAGAAGGAGACCCUGGUUGAUAUGAAGGUGGAAUAUAAUACUGAAAAAGAAGAAACUACUAUGGGAGAGAUAGCAAUGCAACCAGUGCUUUCUUUCGUUCAACUCCUCGAGAAACUUGUAUUAGAAUCAUAGAAUGUGCUUCUACAGAUAUAUUUCGUGUACAAUAAGGGUUGUUCUUGUCCUAUUCAAGAAUGAAUUUACCAUGAUUAAGUUUCUGCGUGUG